UUCGUUUAAUUUGUUUUGGUUUUUUUUUGUUGUUGAUAAAUAAUAAAUUCAUAAUAAAUAAAUAUAAAUUUUGUUAUCUACGUAUAAAUAUUGAUUUCUUUGAAUUCUCAUGGAUUACACUUUGAUAAGACAUUAUUCAAGAAAUAUUACUUGUAAAUCAUGUCGUCAUACGAAAAAAAUUUUGGUGAAUUGUCGCGAAGUACUCGAUGGAGACUUUCCAAAUUUAUAAAUAGCGAAGUGAGAGUUGAAGAUGAAACACCAAUAGCUAUAAGUGACAGUCUAGACAUUGACAAUGAUACUAUAUCCAUCAACCAAAAUACAAUUCUGGAUGCGACUAACUUUGUUAACACUGAUUCUUAUUUGAAUCAAUCAGACUCCGAUGGUUACGAGAAUAAUAUAUGCGACUUUUUUGAUGCUGACUGUCAAUCGAAUCAAUCAUCAAUAAACGGUAACGAGGACAAUAAUGAUUCACAGUCAUCUGGAUCCGAUCGUGAUUCUGAUACUGAUUCAGAAAGUGACAUCAGCUCAGAUAAUAGUGAAUCGAAUGCGGACCCGAAUGAUGUUAUUUUCGAUUGUAUUGAUGAUUUACUGUAUCCUGGAUCACCUAUUACUCGAGGUGAAAGCAUUAUUGCAAUUUUAACAUUCAUAGUUCGUCAUAAAUUAAGUGGUAGUUGUUUAAAAGAUUUACUUCAUCUUAUUCAGCUGCACUGUAUCAAGCCAAAUUCUUGCAUUACGACACUUUAUAAUUUUAAAAAAUUUAUGUCCAAUAUAGAUAAAAGUUUUAUAAAAAAACACUAUUACUGUGCAAAUUGUUAUACCGGUUUAGCAGAAAAAAAACAAUUGUGCUCACGAUGUGAGAUCAAUACAAAGCACAAUAAUUUUUUAGAAAUCCCUAUCAUACCACAACUAGAAAAAUUAUUAAACCGCGAUGAUAUUGUUCACAAAAUUCACUCUCGAUUAAUGCGACAAAACAUUUCUCCAAGUAAUUACGAAGAUAUUUAUGAUGGAUCUUCUUGGAAAAAACUUAAUUUAGAAUUAGGAUAUUUCAAUAAGCCAUUCGAUCUUUCGUUAACCUGGAACACAGACGGAAUAAGUCUCUUUAAAUCGUCUAAGUUCAGUAUCUGGCCAUUGUUUUUACAAAUAAACGAAUUACCGUUUAUUGACAGAUGCAAACAAGAGAAUAUUAUUUUAGGUGGCAUUUGGUAUGGACCAAAAAAACCACAUGGUAAUUUAUAUUUGAGUGUUUUUCGAGAGACAUUCUUAAAAUUAUAUCGUGGGAUACCAAUGAAAAUUAUUGGUAAUAAUAUUACUGUCAGAGUUAUUUUGCUAUUAGGAACAGCUGAUAUUCCCGCUAAAGCUGCUAUGUUGAAUCUGAAACAACAUCUAGCUACUUUUGGUUGCAUGGUAUGUACCAUUAAAACUGAAUCAAUAGGCAACUAUCGUUAUUACCCUUACCCAAGAAGGUCAGUAAAUUUACGUACGACUGAGAAAACUAAAAUUCAUGCUAGCCAAGCACUUGCACAGGGUACUGAAGUCGAAGGUGUCAAAGGCCCAAGUAUGUUAUCACAAAUUUGUUAUGAUUAUAUAAAUAAUACAGCUAUUGAUGACAUGCAUUGUAUUUAUUUAGGGGUAGUGAAAAAAUUAAUGAGCAUAUGGUUUGGAACUGAAGAUGUACUGGGGAAUCUUAGACAUGUUUUCGAGUCAAUUAACAAUCAGCUUUUACUCAUCUGUCCACCACAUUUUGUAUCACGGUUGCUUCGUUCAUUGGUUGAUCGCAAAACAGUUUGA